UGGUAAAGGGUGGGUGGUUAAGGGUGUGUGCGUAUGGACACUGCUUAUAUAAACCAUUUGGUGGACUGUUUGUGCAGUUCCUCCUGGUUUCACAGAGAGAGCAUCAGGCAGCAUGACCUCGCAGCGAUGGAUGCUGGCAUUCUGCUUUUCACUGGCCUCAGUUUUAAGCCCAGGGGAAUCUAUCACAACAACAGAAACUCAGAAAUACACUUGCAGGACAUUUGGCAGCGGGGUUGUCCAGCCUUUCAACGGUUCAAGUUUCUAUGUUCGCUCCAACUGCCCAUUCACCCUAACCCGUUUCACCCACAACCGGGUGGAAUGUGAUAUCACCACACGGCGUGGUGACAACGGGCUGCUGGUCCGAGUUGAGAUCAUAAUCAACAAAGUCAGGACUGUUGUGCAGAAUGGGAGCAUCCUGGUGGAGAAGAAAAGUGUUUCCCUUCCAUAUGACCACACCUACCAGCAUAUCUUUCACUACGGCAUCUACACUAAACUGAAGAGCUCGCUGCUCCCUCUGUCUGUCACCUGGCACGAUGUACCAGGAGGAAUAGACUCUUUGCGGGUGGAGCUAGAGCAGAAGCUGAGCACCGACAUGACUGGACUGUGUGGAAAACACAACGUCCCAGGCAACAAGGACCAGUUGGUUAUGGAGAGCGUACUUGCUGAGGACACAUGUAAUACUCGAGAUCCUGUGUCCGCUGUGAAUCAAGUAUGCAAUAUGUUCAUUUCCAACACCUUGGAAUGUCUGCAAGUCAUGGCGCCUCAAUAUAUCCAACUCUGUCAAAAGAACAUUUACGGCUAUGAAAUGAGCAAAUACAUCGGCUGCGCUUUCUUCAAUGAAGUUGUCCAACAGUGUGGAAACAACAGCUAUGCCUGGAAGACAUGGAGAAGUGUAACCAAAUGUGCGGAGCCAAGUUGUUCAGGAGACCUGGUUUAUGUGGAACAGGGUGCGGCCUUUGUUCCCAGCUGCUCAAAUCCAAACCCUGGAUUCUCCAACCAAGAACUCACCAGCUCCUGUGUCUGCCCAAAGGGCAAGGUGCUUAAUGAUCACGCAGAUGGUUUCCACUGUGUGAGUGUGUCCAGCUGCCCCUGUGUCUUUGCUGGUAGGAGAUACUCACCCGGAGACAUGCGCAGAUCCAAGUGUCAGUCAUGUGUGUGUGACAGUGGAAAAUGGCAAUGCUCUGAAAACAACUGCCCCCCCAGAUGUCUCAUUGAAGGGCAGUUUGUGACAACAUUUGAUGGCAAACAAUAUGCCCUUCCCAGUAAAUGUACAUAUGUGGCUUCCCAGGGUCUCAACUGGACGAUAACAAUCAAGUUUUCUGAUGAGGCACCCUCUCUGGAAACAGUCACUCUUCUGCUUUCUCAGGAAAUGUAUACGUUUUCACACGACAAGGUUAAAUUCAGAGAGGAGGAAAUCACUGAACUUCAUCAGUCUGAUCAUGCUCUGGUUUUCUGGCAGUCCUCCAUGUAUGUCCAGGUCCACACAUCCUUUGGUAUGAAGAUCCAAGUCCAGGUGUCUCCUGAAAUCCAGCUGUACAUCACCCCACCCAGAAACCACACAGAGGUGAUCUCAGGUCUUUGUGGAAACCACAACAGUGACACCACAGACGACUUCACCACCAGCAGCAGGAUCAUCGAGAACUCCGCUCAACCUUUUGCUCAGUCCUGGAGUGUGGGUGCUUGUCCGGAGAACAUACACAGCACCUGCAUCAGCACAGACAAUGAAAUAUUUGCUGAUGAAAAGUGCUCUGUGUUGAACAACCCAACUGGAGUAUUUGCUCCAUGCCAUGGUUAUAUCCCAAUUGAUCACUACCACACGGCUUGCAUCCAAAGAACAUGUAACUGUGGCAGCAGUCUGCUGCAGUGCUUGUGUGUUGCCCUGGGCAGCUAUGCCAAAGCCUGUGCCAAUCUGGGUGUUGUAAUUGGUGACUGGAGGACAGCCACCAACUGCACUUUGAAAUGUGAGAAGAACCAAGAAUUCUUCUACAACAUGCAAGCCUGCAACCACACAUGCCGUUCCCUGUCUGGCCCUGACCCUCGCUGUGGGCUGGAAGACGCUCCUGUGGAGGGCUGUGGCUGUCCAGAGGGAACUCACCUGAACCAAGGAGACACCUGUUCCCCAAAGGCAGAGUGUGAUUGUCACUACUACCGCGGUACAACGCCCCCAGGGUCUGUUGUUAUCGACAGUCGACAGUGUGUCUGUGAGAAUGGAGAACUGAAAUGUUCUCAGGAUUGUGGGUGCAGAAAUGGGAAGGUUUGUGUUCAUUGCUCCGAGAACCUUUUUAACACAACUCAGAAAACCUGUGACAGUCUCAGCAAACCAAUGGGUGCCAAAAUGACCUGUGAGAGUGGCUGUUACUGCCCAAAUGACCAGUACGAAGAUCACCGUGGAAACUGUGUUUCUCUGCACAACUGCACCUGUGUGUACAGCGGCAAAGUAUUCAGUGCAGGACAGCAUGUCAAAACCAACUGUAAAACAUGUGUCUGUGAUCAGGGUAAGUGGGACUGCAAAGACGAGCCGUGCCCUGGGAAAUGUCAAGUUUACGGAAACGGACACUACCAGACCUUUGACUCCAAAUGGUACCGCUUUGAUGGACAAUGUCAGUACACACUUGUAGAGGAUGACUGUGGAACUAGAAACGGCACCUUCUCUGUCAGAGUGGAGGGUGUCCCCUGCUGUGAUGAGGCGCUUACCUGCUCUCGCUCUAUCGUCAUCGACCUGCAGGGCGAGGUCACCCUGACACUGAGUGACAUGAAGGUGACCAGACGCCAUCAUGAAGGCUGGACUCUGCAGGACCAUUCCCUUUACUCCACACACACUGUGGGACUCUACAUCAUAAUCUCAGUGCCAAGCAGAGGGAUAACUCUCAUCUGGGACAAACACACCCGGAUCACCAUAGAGCUGCGUGAAUACUGGAGGAACACAGUGUGCGGCCUCUGUGGGAAUUUUGACUUCAACGAGAUGAAUGACCUACGGAUAAGUGGCUCAGCAGUGGUGUCCAGUCCCCUGGCAUUUGGCAACAGCUGGAAAGCCGCCACACCCCCUUGCUCUGAUGUGACCACUGAGAUAUUUCCAUGUGAACGCAACUCUUACUGCUCAGCCUGGGCCCAGCGGCGCUGUAUGAUCAUUACAGGAGACACAUUCAAAGAUUGCCACUUAAAAGUGGAGCCAGAUCCCUACUACCAAGCCUGUGUGCAGGAGUCCUGCUCCUGUGAGUUUGAAGGGAAGUUUCUGGGCUUCUGCACAGCUGUGGCAGCCUACGCAGAGGCCUGCAGCGACCAGAAUGUGUGUGUAAAAUGGAGGACACCUGAUUUGUGCCCGGUCUACUGUGACUUCUACAACGAGCAAGGCCAGUGUAGCUGGCACUAUGAAGCCUGUGGUGAGAUGCUAACCUGCGGCAAAGACAACUACAUCAAUCACAAGUUGGAAGGUUGCUACCCCAGAUGUUCAAGGGCAGCGCCAUACUAUGAUGAAAAUACUGGUGAAUGCACUAAAUUGAGGAACUGCACCUGUUAUUUUAAUGACACUGUCAUUCAGCCUGGGGCAGCGGUGAUGAUACAGUCUAUAAAGUGCCGCUGUAAAAAUGGAACAAUAAACUGUCCACCUCCACCCACCACUACACCUGCCACCACUUUUACGUCUACCACUCCCACCACAACUGCUUCAAGUACCACUGAAACAGCCGUGUUUUCCACCAUCACUACACCAACAACUACAGCUGAAACAUGGUUAACAACGCCCCCCACCACCUCUACACCUAUGACGGCCAUUACCAACAUCUCAACUACUACUGAAAAAUGGUCAACUGUGCUUUCCACCUCUGUACCAGCAACUACAACUGCUUCAACUACCACUGAAACGACCGUGUUUUCCACCAUCACUACACCAACAACUACAGCUGAAACACGGUUAACAACGCCCCUCACCACCUCUACACCAAUGACAACGAUCACCAAUGUCUCAACUACUACUGAAAAAUGGUCAACUGGGUUUUCCACCACCUCUACACCAACAAAUACCUCAACUACCACUGUACCCUCAGUAACCCCUACAGAAGUGACAAACACAACAGGAACCACUACUAGCUCGAGCAACACAUCAUCUACGACCAGAAUGAGCACAACUACUUCAAUGACAACUGCUGCCUCAACAGAAUCACAGCCCACAGAGACAGUUAUACCAACGGAUACCAGCAUAUUUCAACCAACAACAAAACAGCCAACAGCAACAACACUUCAAUCAACAACCACCUUUGAAACCAAUGCUACAUCUGCUGAAACCUCAGGCCCGACUGAAGUAACUGAAACACUGACCUCUCCCACUACCUUCUCAGAAACAGCACAGUCUCAUUCAGUGACAUCUACAUAUACCAUGGGUCCACCAACAACAUAUACCACUGAGAUGUCAACAAUAGAAGAAUUUACAAAUGGGACUACUACCACUGAACUGACAACCUCUGAAGAAUCAGGCACAACAAUGACGACAGAAAAAACAUUGCACACUUCCACUCCACCAGUGUGUAAGUGUACAGACCUGAAGAGGAGAGAACAGUGGAAUUGCGGUGAGACGUGGACAGAGGACUGCUUUCAUAAAAACUGUACAGAUGGGAAGAUAGAGUUGACUUCGGUGGUUUGUCCAGAGUCUACAAUCCCAAACUGCCCCAGAGACCAGGUCACAAGAGUCUCAGAUGGAUGCUGUGAAACAUGGAAGUGUGACUGUCGCUGUGAGCUAUAUGGAGAUCCCCACUACAUCUCUUUCCAAGGUGUAACCUUUGAUUUCCUGGACGAUUGCACCUACAUCCUGGUGGAGGAGCAGUCCCCACUUCAUAAUCUGACCAUUGCUGUGGACAACUUCUACUGUGUGCAGGGCCUCCAAGGCUCCUGUGCUAAAGGCAUCAUCUUGAAAUAUCAGAACAACAUAGCUACACUCAGUAUCCUUCCCGAUAUGUUUGAAGUACAGGCCACUCUGAACAACGUAACCAUUGAGCCGCCAUAUGAGGAGCAUGGGUUGAGGUUUGAGACCACGGGGUACAUAGUGUCAAUCUACAUCCCAGAAGUUCGCUCUUAUGUCUCCCUCAGUCCGUAUUAUACCCUGGUGGUCAGUCUGGCUAUGGAGCACUUCCUCAACAACACCCAGGGACAAUGUGGUGUAUGUGGUGGUGGAUCAUGUAUCCGUAAAGGAGGGCAGAUCGAGGAAGACAGCUGCUGUGAUAAGACGGCCUAUGACUGGGUGUACUCUGACCCGCUGAAGCCAGCGUGUGUUUCUGCACCAAGGAACAGAUCUUGUCUUGUACCCUCUGUCAUACCCACUCCCACCCCCUGCCCUGCAAGCCCACUAUGCGAGCUGCUAGACCACCCAGUCUUUUCAAAUUGCCGCAGGUACAUGAAUCUGAACUCUAAAAAGAAGAACUGUGAGUUUGAUUCAUGCAGAAAUGGUCCUUGCUCUUCACUAGAACAAGCUGCUGAUGAAUGCAAGAAGGCUGGUUUCUGUAUUGACUGGAGAGGACUGACUGAUGGAGGCUGUAAUGUGACAUGUCCAGAAGGAUUGGCUUACAGAGAAUGUCAUAACAAGCUGGAUGACUUCUGCGAUGGAGGGAGACAAUAUCCAGGAGCCUCCCUCGAGAAAAACGAGGCAGGCUGUUUUUGUCCCAGUGGCCUCUUCAGGGCAGGAAAUCACUCUGACAUCUGUGUGCCUGACUGUGCCUAUUGUAAAGGACCACUCGGUGAGCCCAAACUGCCUGGUGAGGUAUGGCAGUCCGGCUGUAAUAUGUGUACAUGCAACAACCAGACUCGCACAGAGAACUGUGUUCCAAAACCUCCUGAGCCAGCUCCCCUCUGUGGCCCCAAUGCUGUACCGGUAAACACCUCUUGCUGUGGUGAUCAGAUUUGUGUUGAGAAGACGUGCAGUUAUCAUGGACAAACAUACAAGGUUGGAGACAGAUGGACGGAUGCCGCCCAUCCCUGCUUGUCAUAUAAUUGCAGCAGUGAGGGUAUUCAGACUGAGACUAGAGUCUGUCCCACAGUAAAGUGUCAGGAGGAGGAAAGAAUUUGGGAUGAUCAACACUGCUGCUUUACAUGUAACCAGAGGUGUGCUCCGAAGGUGACCAAUAUCAAUGUUACCGUAGACAACUGUACCACCGUCAUGCAGAUACCUGUGUGUCAGGGCCAAUGUGUGUCUCAGCCCAGUGUCGUGUUACACGGUGACCUGCAGGUGGAGCUGAAGGGCAGAUGCUGUCAGGAGUUGAGCUCAGAGAGGAGACCAGUGACUCUGCAGUGCUUUGACCACACGAUCAGACACUACAGCUACAAGCACAUCACCAGCUGUGAGUGCCGAGCCUGCAGCAUACUGCGCUGAAAAGUACUGACAGCUUAGAGCGGAGCCAAGAAUAACAUUUUGUAAUGUAUCCUUUAGAUUUCCAAAUCAAAUGUAUUCAAUUUUAAUGAAAAAUCCAUCAGUCCUCCAACU